AAACGUCAAUCGAAUCAAAACAAAUGUUUAUUUUUGUGACAUGACUUGACCUCAAAAAUUGUUGUGACUCUAAACAUGAACAAAGUUCUUAUAUAAAUAAUUUGAUCAGUAUCUGGAGAAUGUCAACUUUUAUCUCCAUAUCCUCAUAAACUAUGAGUUUCAUUAAUUAGGACUACAAAAAGUUCUGGAACAUAUGGAACACCAGAUGAAAUGUCUCCUUUGUGGUCUGUUUUAUCAUCAUGUUUAUUAGUUUUUAUUCUAUUAUUUUCUGAAUAUCUAUGCGAAGAUGAUCUUUUCGGCAUACCAAUACAACCUGUGAACAUCAAUAAUCACGGUACACCCAUCUCAAAUCGAAGUAAUUCCAAUGUUCAUACCCAAACAAGAACACAUACCACUGCCAGUUCUCUUUUGAACAACAAAGAAUGGCCUGCAAUUGGUGAAAGAAGAAAUUACAACCACAAUAAUCAUCCUACCUCUACGCAAGCUUCUUUUGUACGUCAACAAGUAGACAUAUGGAACGCACGGUUGAGUCCCAACACAUCUUAUUCCUCCUCUGUUGACAAUCGAGCAAAUACUAAUAUUAGACCUCAACAAUCCAGUUUAAGAACCACCGGUCGCCCUUCCACAGGGAUUCAAUUUAGCGAUGACAGAAAAAAUGGUGCAGAAGGAAACACUGCUGGUAAAUCAGAAGUUCCUUCGGUGACAGAUAAUGAAUUGAGGGAGUUUUCUGAGAAAUUACUCUUGAAAGAUAAUAACAAUGCUGCCCGGUAUGUUAAGAUCAAUUACCAGGGAAGAACUACAUCUCGGUCAAAAAAUGAUGAAGCGCCUUUACCUCUACUAUCUAUAAGUAGGGAAGCUUAUAGCAUUCCAACAAUUUCCAAAUUGCUACCUCUGUAUGAUAAUUACAUAGUACAGAGUAAUGUCAAUGAAGAUUACACUAACCAGGAAAAACAAGAAGAAAAUGCACUAUUGAGAGCUAUACUAAACACAGAUGUUAUGAGGGAAACUAGAAAAUUUUUGAUGGACAGAGGAGCAAUCACUGGGAAUGAAAGAGAAUUUGAGAAAUUACUAUACGAGAUGUGGUUCAACCUUUAUCCCAGAGCUAAGAACAAGCUGGGAUCCAGUGGGUUCGAACACGUAUUUUUAGGUGAACUCAAAAAGGGAGAUGUUUCCGGUCUCCAUAAUUGGUUGUACUUCGAACGCGAAGAAUCUAGUCGCAGGGCCAACUAUUUAGGAUACUUGAAAAAGAUUGAUUUGGGCGAUAAAGGCGCUAUCAUAAAAUUCAAUUUCGACUUCCACGGAGUCAACAAACCUGUCGGAUCGAUGUUUAUAGGGACCAGUCCAGAAUUAGAGAUGGCUCUGUAUUCGACGUGUUUCAUUCUUCGGGCAGAUAGAGUGUGUCCACUGAAACUUGGUGGAAAACGACUUGUGAUAAGAACCUAUACGUUGGCGUAUAAUGGUAAAAAGUUGAUUGGAAGUGCAUUUCCAGAAAUUUGAGGGAAGAUAUAACCCUUCGAACAAAUUUGCAUAUAUAAAUCUUCAAUUGUAGGGAAAUUAUUUUUGUAUAGUAUGUAUGUACAUUUUUGUUUUUAGAAAUCCAAAAUAAACGAUGGCCUCCAG